GGUGCAAGCUUUCGAAAUGGCUUCGAAAACCGUGAAGACUUCCGAUGAGAUUCUUUGCGAGGGCGAGCUGGAGAAGCGAAGCGACAGCCUGUUCCAGGUCUGGAAGAAGAAGCGCUGCGUGCUCACGGCCGAUCGCCUGCGCCUCUUCUCCGGCAACAGCGAUCGGCCCAAGGAGCUGUACUUCCAUUCCAUCCUCAAGGUGGACUGCGUGGAGCACACCUCCAAGUACGUGUACUUCACCAUCGUCACCAACUUUUACAAGGAGAUCGACUUCCGCUGCACAGUCGAGAGCUGCUGGAACGCGGCCAUCACCAUGGCGCUGAUCGACUACCAGAACCGUCGGGCGCUGGAGGAGUUUCGCCGCUUCAGGUAUCAGCAUUCUGCGUCUGAAACGCAGUCCUCGCCCGGAGGGCGGAGAGCUCUGGGUCCGUGAGACCCACGGGAGUAGUCGAGCCGGGAACCAGCCUACGCUGCCGCAUCAGACCGGAGUCCAGGGGCCCAGGAGCCCAGAGGAUGCCCCGGGUGACGCCGCCGCUGUUCUUCACCGAAGAUAUUCCCGUGCUUGCUGAGCCUUGCCCCGCUGUGCGGGUGCAUUAACUUAUUGGACCGUAUUUAUAUUGGUUACCUGCUUUCAACCCACCAUUCCGUGUUAAUAUUUUUUAUACCAUAUUUUCAUCCCAAAUAAACAGUGCCAACUUUUUUUAA